AUGGCUGGUAUGAGUAAAUUACCUGCUGUUUAUCGUCAUGGUUUUGUGUUAGCAUCAUCCAUGGCUUUAUCUUAUUGGGUAACAGUCAAAUGGCUCCAUGAACGAUCUAAACAACUAUUAGCAAAAGAUAUCAAUUCGUCUAUGAAAUCUCAUCUAGCGAAGAAAGAUCGAAAUGUUGCUGUUGACAAGAAUUUUUUUCGGAAGCUUAUUAUUUUACUUAAAAUACUUGUUCCAAAAGUAUUCUGUGGCGAAAGUCUUUUCCUUGUAUUGGUUGCUGCAUCACUUGUAGCACGUACUUAUGCUGAUGUGUGGAUGAUUAAAAAUAGUACAUCUGUUGAAAGUGCUAUUAUUGGACGAAGUUCAGUUCUAUUUAAAGAAUGUCUUGGUAGAUUUGCCUAUGCAAUGCCAUGGAUUGCAUUGGUUAAUAAUGCUCUUAAAUAUACUCUUGAAGAACUUAAAUUACGUUUUCGAAAACGUUUAUCAUUAUAUUUAUAUGACCAAUAUCUCAAAGGAUAUACCUAUUAUCAAAUUAAUACACUUGAUAGUCGUAUUUCUAAUAUUGAUCAAUUAUUAACACAAGAUGUUGAAAAAUUUUGUACAAGUGUUGCCGAUCUUUAUACAAAUAUUUCUAAACCAUUUUUGGAUAUAAUUAUUUACGCAAGAAAACUCUCAGGAUCAAUAGGUCCAAGUGGACCAUCUUUAUUAGUACUUUAUUUAGUUUGUUCGGGUCUUGUUUUAACAAGAUUACGUCGUCCUAUUGGACAUAUGACAGUUGCUGAACAACAAUUUGAAGGUGAAUUUCGUUAUGUUAAUUCACGUUUAAUAACUAAUUGUGAAGAAAUUGCAUUUUAUAAUGGUAGUCGUCGAGAAAAAAUGAUUAUACGUGAUGGUUUUGAACGAUUGAUUAAACAUUUAAGAAGUUUAAUCAUCUUUCGAUUAGUUAUGGGUUGUAUCGAUAGUGUUGUUGCUAAAUAUGUAUCAACAUGUGUUGGAUAUUAUGUUGUCAGUCGACCAUUCUUAGAUCCAAUGAAUACAAGAUAUGCAAAUAGUACAUACAACGAAAUUUUAGAGGAUUAUUAUUCAUCUGGUCGAAUGCUUAUGCGACUUGCUGAAGCUGUGGGUCGUUUGGUUCUUGCUGGUCGUGAAUUAACAAAAUUAGCCGGUUUUACAACACGUGUUACAGAUUUAAUUGGAGUUUUAUCAGAUGUCAAUCAAGGUAAUUAUGUUCGUACUGGAAUUAAUAAUACUACAAUUGACAAGAAAAACGAUGAAGAAUGUAUUCGUACACAAGAUGGAAUUAUAAAAUUUGAAAAUGUUAAACUUAUGACACCAAAUGGUGAUGUUUUAAUUGAAAAUCUUAAUUUUACAGUACGAUCAGGUCAAAAUGUUAUUGUUGUUGGACCAAAUGGAUGUGGAAAAUCAAGUUUAUUUCGUACAAUUGGUGAAUUAUGGCCACUUGCAAGUGGAACAUUAACAAAACCAGGUAGUGGACAUUUGUUUUAUAUUCCUCAAAAACCAUAUAUGACUAUUGGUACAUUACGUGAUCAAAUUAUUUAUCCUGAUUCACAUGGUGAUAUGCGUCGUAAAGGAAUUAAAGAUGAUAAUUUAAAUGAAUUACUCGAUAAAGUUCAAUUAACAUAUUUAGUACAACGAGAAGGAGGUUUUGAUGGUGUACAAGAUUGGAUGGAUGUACUUUCAGGUGGAGAAAAACAACGUAUUGCUAUGGCACGUCUCUUCUAUCAUAAACCUCAAUUUGCUAUUCUUGAUGAAUGUACAAGUGCAGUUUCAGUUGAUGUUGAAGGAUUUAUGUAUGAAUAUUGUCGAACAGCUGGUAUUACUUUAUUUACUGUUUCACAUCGAAAAAGUUUAUGGAAAUAUCAUGAAUAUUGCUUAUAUAUGGAUGGUCGUGGAAGUUAUUCAUUUAAACCAAUUGACGAACAUACAUCUGAAUUUGGAUCUUAG